GGUCCGGGAACGCAGGGCGAAGGGUCUCGGGGCGCGGCAGUGCGUUUCCAGUCCGCCAGUGGUUGAGCGCCCGGCGUGAACGCGGCUCCUUGUGUCUGCUGGGUGCCUGCGGGGGCGCAGUCACUUUCCACCCCGAGAUCCCGCCAAUGCUUCCCUUCGGCCGGGCUGGGCGGGCGGGGCUGCUGGGGGCGUGGGAGAGGAAGGGCCGCCCUUUCAGGGCGGGUAGAGGCUGGCGCUGAGGCCUCGGGUGGGGACUGAGUGAGUGGCCCGACCGCGGAGUCGGUCCGGAACAGCCUGGACUCCAGCGCGCAGCGAGGCUAACCUGUAAGGGGGUGCAAGUCUCCUUCUGGGACCCAGAUGCCCCCUCCUUCCUUGCUGCCUGGAGCUGGGGCAGUGCUGUUAGGGAAAUGGCUACUUCUGGCCCUGAGUGUGAACAGUCCAUCCUGGCCACCUUCCACAGGAAACCCGACCUGAGGGACAGAAGAGGAAGGAAGCAGACUUUGCCACCAAUGUCAGUGCUGAACUCUGGCUGGCCCCACCCAGAGGACAGCCCCAUCCUUGGGGAGCCAGGUCCAGCAGGCAACUCAGACAGUGACUCAGGCCACCUGCCAGGGGAAGACCCUGAGGAUACCUCCGCUCAGGGUCCCCCUUUCCUGGACACCAACCAAGCCCCCAAGUGGCCUGGACUUCGGACCCUCCUGCAACAGCUCCCUCCACAGGACAGUGAUGAGCGCUACUGCCUGGCCCUUGGGGAGGAGGAGCUGGCUGAGCUGCGGCUCUUCUGUGCGCAGCGGAAGCAGGAGGCCUUGGGACAGGGGGUGGCCUGUCUGGUACUUCCCAAGCUUGAAGGACACACCUGUGAGAAAUGCAGGGAGCAGCUGAACCCAGGGGAGUAUGGAGUGUUUGCAGCCCGGGCAGGGGCGCAGCGCUGCUGGCACCAGCCUUGCUUUGCCUGCCAGGCCUGUGGCAAGGCCCUGAUAAACCUCAUAUACUUCUACCACGAUGGACAUCUCUACUGCGGCCGUCAUCACGCCGAGUUGCUGCGGCCGCGCUGCCCGGCCUGUGACCAGCUGAUCUUCUCCCGGCGCUGUACAGAAGCGGAGGGACGUCGCUGGCAUGAGAACCACUUCUGCUGCCAGGACUGCGCCGGGCCCCUGGGCGGGGGACGUUACGCCCUGCCGGGGGGCAGCCCCUGCUGCCCCAGCUGUUUUGAGAGCCGCUACUCGGGUGCGGGCUCGAGCCCUGCCUGGGCACUGGAAGGGCGGGCGUCCCUUGAGGAGACCGGACCCGGCCGCACUGAAGGAAGGGACCGCGCCUCGCUGAACGCCGCGACCAUCUCCCGAACAGCCCUCGCUGCCGCCGGCGGUGCCAGCCUGGGAACCCAGACGGGGCUGCUUGGAGCCAGCCCCGAGCAGGAGAGCCGCGCUGGGGACAAGGCAGCGGCAUCCAAAGGGCGGGAGCAACAUCGCUUGGAGACGCCCCAUGAUCCCGGGGAGGACGCCCACUGCCCCACCUGCUCCUCUUCCUCCGACUCGGAACCCGAAGACUUUUUCUUAGGCCAGCGCAUUCCCCGGCUCUGGAAGACCCCCGGAACCCUCCGACCGGGGGACAGCGACACCUCCAAGAAGCACUGCACCAUUUGCUAGUGGCGCACCCCAGAGACGGGUGUGAGUGGGGAGGAAGGGCUCUGUGAA